AUGAUGCACCUCGGCUCAAACGACGUGUGGAGUACGAAGAAGCCCGAGGAGAUUCUUGGCGCACUAGAUAAGCUGGUUGACCAAAUGCGGGCUAGCAAAGAAAGCAUGAAGAUAUUGAUUGUUCAGGUAACACCCCUAGACCCAGCCGGCUGUACGAACUGUAUGCGAGGCAUUGAGGAUUUCAACAAAGUCAUACCAAAUUGGGCGAGCAGUAAAUCAAAUGAGAAAAGCCGUAUUACUGUUGUUGACUGCCAUAAGGACUUUGAUGUCAAGGGGAUGACGCGAGAUGGUGUACAUCCCAAUGGCAAGGGCGACGAAAAGCUAGCUGAUAGUUGGUUUGAGCCCCUGGUAAAGGCCAUCAAAGGGGGCUAA